AUGAAAUGGAUAAUAUCUACUUUCGGGAAUUUCAUGGAUUUGGGUGAUAAAGAAAAAGAUGCCUGCACUGUUGUCAAUUUUGUAUUACAUUAUUUGAUUGAUAUAAAAGGUCAUCGAUUUCAGUGUGGUGAAUGUGGAAAGCUCUUCUCCUGUGCGGGAAAUUUGAAGACUCACUCUCAGUCUGUUCAUGAAGGUAAAAGAUAUCGGUGUGACGUGUGUGGGAGGGAAUCCACUGAAGCUGGCGAUUUGAAGAAACACAUGGAGUCAGUCCAUGGAGGUAAACGAUAUGAAUGUGACGUAUGUGGAAGAAACUUCACUGUGGCUGAGAAUUUAAAGAGUCAUAAAGAGUCUGUUCAUGGAGGGAAACCAAAGAAGGAUGUUAAAUCAUAG